UUUGUUUCCGUCACAAACCACUGCGUAACAACUUCGCAUUCCAAAACCCAAUUCCUGUUCUUCCUAUUUUACAAUGUCAAUGAACUUAUCUCUUCCGAUCAUCAUCUUGAUCUUCUUCUUGUUUCUCUCCCAUUUCCCCUUUCUUUCCCUUUCUUUUCUCCUUAAUCAGAACAUCACCCUCUCCGGUGAUGCCCAUCUCAGAAACAACGCCAUUUUUCUCACUCAAGAACGCGACUGCCUUUCCCUUUCUCCAAACUCCUCUUCCUCUGCCUCCGGCUUCGGCUCUGCCGUCUACGUCAAUCCCGUUCGCUUUCUUGAUUCCUCCACCAAUUCUUCUGCUUCUUUCUCCUCUCGUUUCUCCCUCUCCAUCCUCCCCACCCCUCUCUGUUCUUUCCCCGAUGGUUUCGCCUUCCUCAUUGCCUCCGAUCCCGAAUCUUUUACCCUCUCCAACAGCCAUAUACCCCUUCCCAACCCCUCUCAUAGCUCCCCUUUCUCCUUCAUCGCUGUCGAAUUCGAUACCAACUUCGACUCUAAUCUUGGCGACAUUAAUGACAACCAUCUCGGUCUCAAUGUCAAUUCGCCCACCUCUUUGACCUCUGUGGAUUUUCGAUCUCAUGGCAUUGUUCUCAAAAAUGGCAGAAAGAUUACUGCUUGGAUUGAGUAUCGAGAUGACUCCAAAACGAUUCGGGUUUGGGUUGGUUAUUCGCAAACGAGACCUGUGAAUCCUCUUUUAGCUGCACCGAUGGAUCUUUCUAAGCAAUUUAAGGAGUUUAUGUAUGUGGGAUUCUCUGCUUCCAAUGGGCAGGGCUCUGCUCUUUUCAUUGUUGAUCGUUGGCAGUUCCGAACUUUCGGGUUGCUUCCUUCUUUGAGUCCUGUUGAUACCAUUAAUGAAGGAGCUGGUUGUUUUAUGUGUUCGUCGGAGGAUUUGAAUUCUGAUAACAGUCGUUUUGUUGAUGCUAGUGAACGGAGGAAGAAGAGUGGCGAAAUGAGUCUUGUAUUUGGAGGUUUGGCUGCAUUUGCUUGUUCUGGUGCUUUAAUACUUGGUUUUGUUAGUUAUACUUUGAUAAAGAAGUUGAGAAGUAGAGUGUGUAGAGGAAGAGAGAUUGAUAGAACUUGUCUUGUUAAGAUGAAUAGAAUUCCUACAAGAUUGUCUCUUGGCGAAAUAAAGUUAGCUACAAUGGGGUUUAAUCAAAACAGAGUUGUUGGGGAAGGUGGUUCUGCUACUGUUUACAAAGGUUCUCUUCCUUCAGGUGUAGAAGUGGCUGUUAAACGUUUCGAGCAAGGUAUGGCGAAUAACCGUCUACCCAAUCCUUUCGCAACGGAGUUUGCAACGAUGGUGGGAUGUUUACGACACAAGAAUUUAGUUCAGCUUCAUGGAUGGUGUUGUGAAGCAAAUGAAUUAGUGCUUGUUUAUGAGUACUUAGCCAAUGGAAGCCUUGCCAAACUUCUUCACGAGACGUCUCCCAAUUCACAAUUUGUAAUUCCAUGGAAGAAAAGGGUUUCCAUAGUUCUUGGAGUUGCUUCUGCAUUGACAUAUCUUCAUGAAGAAUGUGAGAGACAAAUUAUACACAGAGAUGUCAAAACUUGCAACAUUCUGCUUGAUGCAGACUUGAACGCGAAACUCGGUGAUUUCGGUUUAGCAGAAGUGUACGAACACAGUUCGUUGACAAGAAUAGCAACCAUUCCAGCUGGAAAUGGGUAUCUGGCACCCGAAUACCUUUACUACGGCGUUCCCACCGUGAAAACCGAUGUUUACAGCUUUGGUGUGGUGAUCCUGGAAGUUGCAUCGGGUAAGAGGCCCGUAGAUGAAGGCGGGAUGGUGCUUGUGGAUUGGAUUUGGGUUCUAUGGGUGAGGAGCCUGAUAGAAGCAGCUGAUCCAAGGCUGAUGGGAAAUUACGAUGUGGUAGAAAUGGAGAGAAUGUUAAUGGUGGGACUUUUUUGUGUACAUCCAAAUAAUGAGAAGAGGCCAACUGUGAAAGAAGCAGUAAGAAUUCUGAGAGGGGAAGCACCACUUCCGGUACUGCCAUUAAGAAAACCAAUGGUGGGUAUUAGGCCUAUUUUAUCUGAUGAUUUUGAAGACUUAGAGAAUCCUUGUUCGGAUUAUAUCGCUUUCGAGGAACCGGCGUGGAUGACUCCCAAAAGUGAGUUUGGUUAGCUGCUCCGACGUCGGGGAGAUUGCAAUGACUGAGUUCAAAUGUUGGAAAUGAAGAAGCUGCAGUUACGAGGUUUAGGUUUGUGUGGUCAAUGUUUAAUAAUAAUAAAAAAUAGGAAUUUGUUUGUUAUUAGAAUGAUAUGGUUUCAGAGAUGAAUAUGGUUUCAGAGAUGAAUAUGGUUUCAGAGAUGAAUAUGAUGUUAGAUUUGUUGUAGGCACCAAAUUUAGAACUGAAUUUAUUCAUGAAAUAUUAGAAAGAAAACAAUAUCACAACCAUUAGAAGUAGUCAAACUCCCUUCUCUUUCUUUUCU